AACCUCCAAGGUCGUUUCAUCGACAACGACUCCCUCAUGCUGCUCGAUAUGGUAGGCUCUGGAGCCUACGGCGCUGUCUAUCGUGCUAUCGAGACACGUUCGCCGACGCCGCGCGAGUUUGCGGUGAAGGUGCUCCUCCGCUACGACCCAGAGCAUCACAUCACCGAAUACCAGACGCACGAGGUCAACAUGCACUGGCGCGCCUCGUCGCACCCCAACGUCGUCACCCUCGACCGCGUUGUCAAAUGCGACGAGUACUUCAUAUUUGUGGUCAUGGACCUUUGCACAUCUGGCGACCUGCUCGAUGCGGUCACUAACCGCCAGGUAUAUUACCGCAACAAUGGGAACGUGAAGCGGGCCUUCACGCAGCUCAUCGACGCCCUGCAGUAUUGCCAUGAAAAGAGCAUAUACCACCGCGAUCUGAAGCCGGACAACGUCCUCUGCUCCCCUGACGGCUCGCAGGUUUACCUCACCGACUUUGGCCUCGCGACCUCCCACAACUGGGUUGACUGCUGGGGCACCGGGACGUCCACUUUUAUGAGUCCUCAGUGCUGUGGCCAAGACCCCUCUUCGCUCAAGUUUGACGCCCGCCUCGCGGACAUCUGGGCGCUCGGCAUCAUCCUUGUAAACAUGCUCACGAGCCACACACCCUGGGAGGCGCCCACGUUCGACGACCCCAGCUUCUCGAAGUUCCUCGUCGACCCGGAGUACCUCGUCAAGAUCCUCCCCAUCUCGCGCGAGGCGAACGGCCUCGUGCGCCGCAUCCUCACCUUCCAACCGCACCUGCGCAUUUCGCUCAUGGAGCUCCGCCGCGAGGUCGGCCGCAUCAGAACCUUCUUCAUGACCGACGCGGAGCUCGCCAAGGCGCCCAUGAACGCGCGCAUGGCUGCG